AAACAAAAACAAAAACAAAAACAACAACAGCCACAACACCAGCAUCUUCAUCAUCAACAGCAGCAGCAUGACGGGGAGCAGAUCCUCGUUCAGGGACAAUUCGUGCCGCCUCAGCCAUCGCCUCAGCCUCCCGCUGCCGCUAGCAUCACCGUCACCGACGCCAGCCACGGCGACUUCCCGGCGCCCGCGUUGGACACACUCGACGCGUACGUCGCAAGUGAGGAGCAGGGUCCCCUCUACGGAACCCUCAACUUCUCCGACCUGCGAUGCGACGACGAACAGGCGACUCCGCCUCCGCCGACCGCGCUCGCCGCCGUGCAGCAAAAGAGCAAGAGCAAGAGUAAGAGCCGGAGGGACGGACGGCAUGGCGCGGCUGCGUCUGCCGAACCCCCGCCGCCGCCGCCGCCGGAACCGGACGUCGUGCAGCGCCACCUGCUGGCCAUGAUGCAGCCGACGGUCAGGCUGGUGCGGCUGCGGCCGGACGCGGCCAGCCUCUCGCGAGCGAUGCGCCGCGACAGCGAGCUUCACAGCAGCGGUCAGUCGGGCGACGGCCGCAGAGAGGAUCGUCGAGGCGGCGGCGCCGACACUGAGAUGACCGACCUCGUGGAACACGGCGCGAGGUCGACCGGUGCGUCAACGGGAGCGCCGCCGUUUCUAGAUCUGUUUGACGAGGCGGCGCCACCGGGCGUUUCGUCCGUGGAAGCGCUUCCGGCCGAUCUCUCUGCCGAGACGCCACCACCUAGCGAUCUGUCCCUAGAGGUACAGGCCGGCGACCCGUCGACGCGACGUGAUCCCUCGAUCGUGCUGCCACCUAGCGGGAAGGCGACGGCGGCGGCCAUCGAAAAGUUGAAGCGCGCGACAUUGCUACGCGAGGAGUCGUCCGUUCGCUACGACCCGUCGCUCGACGACGAAUUCGCGGAGCUGGCUACGCCGCCGCCCCCUUCCGCGCAGCCUCCGUCGCGCGUCGACGCGUCGGGAGCAACGUCCGUGGCGUUCCACAACUCGUUUCUCUGCUUCGUCGAGUUGAAUAGGGUGUCGGAUUCUCCCGAGCUGAACGACAAGCGAAGUUGCGCGCAGACGGACGGCGGCGGCGGCGCCGCGGAGACACUGGACUUUGUCGAUCGGCUGCUUGCUGAGGCUGAGGGUGGCUACACGUCUGCGGACGGGAAGCCGACCCUGAACGCAGCGGACACUGCACGCAUGGAGGGAGAAUCGAACGACGUCGCCGAGACGCCGCCGGACGCAGCGGAGGCGAAAUCGGGGGCGACGGAACGAAAGCAGACGAAAAACGAGAAGCGGGGAGUCGCUGCGGUGGCGGGGAAGGCGGAUGAUGCGUCGGGAGGCAAACCGGAGCAGUCGGGAUGCGAGGAGGAGCCGGAACGCGAGGUGACGGCGGGAAAGGCGGAUGAUGCGCCGGGAGGAGGCUCAGAGGAGGAGCCAGAACGCGAGGUGACGGCGGGAAAGGCGGAUGAUGCGUCGGGAGGAGGCUCAGAGGAGGUGACGGCGGGAAAGGCGGAUGAUGCGUCGGGAGGAGGCUCAGAGGAGGAGCCAGAACGCGAGGAGGAGGAGGAGCCAGAGCGCGAGGAGGCGGCGGCGGCGGCGGCGGGAUGCAGCGCUGAGCAGGACAUCGAGUCCUUGCUGGAUCUGGAGUGGCAGAUGGCUCGCCUCCAACACGAGGCGGAUGCGCUGAAGGAGAAGGAGAGGUGCCGCGCGACGGCGAAGAAGCCGAAGCGACGGCAGACGGGAAAGCGGCGGCAGACGAGGAAGAGUUGGUCACAGCGGGACAGCGACAGCGACGAUGUGUGGCAGCGAGAGAGCAGUGACCGGCUGACUGGAGAUGCUGACGAUCUCAGCUUGUCUGAAGAGAGUGAGAGUGACAACUGGUCUCCGUGUGCGAAGAAGAAAAAAGGCACGGGAGAAUCUCACAGCAGAGGGCACUGCAAGCGGGCGAAGCGCGCGUGCCGCGCCGAGUCCGCACCGAAGCGUGUGCUGUCAGCGCGGAAGUGCAAGAUGGCUGUGCAACAGAAGCAGGAGCAGCGGAAGAGGAAGGGCAGCAUAGAGGAUGACGAUGCUGAUGAUACAGUCGGCGAUACUGGUGACGGUUUAAACUAUAACGAACCUGAAGCCGAAACAUUGGUCAAAAGUCCUGAUCGGGAUCCUGACUGGGUCAUGCAGACAGCCGCUGAAAGAAGUGAAGAGGAGGCAGAGGCCGAUGAAGAUGUGAAGAUGAAAUCGGAUUCGGAGUCGGAGUUUAGUGAUGGAAAGAGGAAGCCAAAGCAGCAACAUGGUCGCCAAUCAGCAGCCAAAUCAAAGAAGAAACGUCGGUCUACCGUGCCUGCGCAACAACCCACUGAAGAUGCGUUUAUCAAGAAAUUCAAGAAGGGAAGCUUUAUCGUACUGAAGAGCGACGCUGACAGUCCGGACUGCACCCUCUGGCGGGUAGAAGGUGACAUUCUCCAUAAGUUCCUGCCCUGCGACGACCGGCCGAAGGGUUUCUACAAGGGCACACCUAGCUACUCGUGCUGGCCCGACACAUCUCCCUCCAGCUACAAGGAUGUGAAGGUGAAAAUCCUCAAGCAGACACCAUCCUGCAUCAACAUGGUCAUUGAGGCAGUCGAGGAUUUCUACACUCAGGAACUCCCCACACUCACUGAUGCUGACACCUUGGCACUUGAAGCUAAUCCGUUGAGAGACACAUUCACAGUCUACACACAAAUACUGCUCAGCCAGGUUCUUGAUCAUUCAUUCCUGCUGGAGGUUAGGAAGGAAAAUGACGAAUACUUCCUCACGACGCUGAAGAAGGUCGAGGCCAUCGCCAAUGAUAAGAAGACGCUCAUGCAGAAGAAGGUCAACUGGAGUAACAGCAACUACGAGGGGGCGCUAGCCGCUCAUCCGUACUUUGCACAGACGCCAGGCGACAAUCCGUUGGAGCCUUGCCAAGCGUGCAAGGUGAUAUCGCGACCCGCUAGCAGAUAUAUCGAGCUCUACGGCAACACGUACAAGAAGGACACCUUUCUCCCCUUGACGUUUCAAAAGCCACCGCAGAAGUUUCACAUGUGUACGAUAUGUACGGACCUCUCGGAGGUACUACACUCUCUCACACAUAUUCACUACAGACUGUUCCGGCACUGUCUGGACAAGGUGGAGGGACUGAAGGAAGAGAACCCUAAUGUUGAACCCAGAGAAAUAUUGGAGACUUGUCUACAGAACAGAGUUUGGGUGAACCAGAUCUUUCAAGAAUUGGUCUCUCUGGUGGAUAAAUUUGAGAGAAAGUAUUUAUGAAAACCAGAAAGUUGCCACGAUGCGACCCCAUAUAGGAUAAGCGCUGCCAUGCCGUGAGAGAUGGGCCAGUUUAUAAGUGUUGCUGUUAAAGCCAAGUAACUGUGCUGCAAGAUUGGCCAUCGCUUAAACCGUAACUACUGCGAAGGAUUGGUUAUGUCUGAGGUAGUCUAAGGAAAGUGAUCACUUCAUUUCCUCGUAAGACUGCACGAGGGUGUGGUGAGACCGUCUCAGAUCAAAAUCUGUCUAAGACUACAUUCGUGAGUAUAAGAGUGUAGGUGAGAAUUGUAAGUGAGAGUGUAAGACUGCAUCAUGUUUUUUUUACAAUGUAUUAUGAGUUUUGAAAUCAUUGUUUGUUAGAAAUAAGUCAGCUCCGUUGGAUAGUCAACUUGUACAGAUGUAAAAAUCACCACAGUAUUUUUGACGCAUAAAGAUUCGCUGUGACUCUGCGCCUACUGCAAACCUUUGUUCCUGUAAAUGUGCAUGCAGUUUUUGAACAGGAUCGUGAAUAAACAUCAACCGCUUACAAGCCCGUGUGGCAGCGAAUAAAACUUGCUGGCUCUCACAAAUGGGUAAACACUUCAAGAACUGUUGUAAGAUGGCAUGUCACAUUUACCCAGGAUAGGAAGCUAUGUGUGAUGCAAAAGGACAGCAGGAGAUUUGGAAUUUUUAUGUAAAUUUAUGUAUUGUCGAGUGUAGUGUAGGAAUUGUUAUUCAAUCAUGAUUGUGCAUUCAUGAUAUUGGUCGGGGAGGUGGGGUGGUAUUUGAAUGUAUUUCGGCAGUGUGUUGGUGAGGGGUCUAUUAGUACCGUGCAUGCAUCCAUGUACGGGUGUUGUAGAUGUGAUGAAAACAGUCUAGUCUUGUCUAGAAGCGUGAUUUGUAAGGUUAAAACAUCUGUGCAUGCAACGUGCAUUGCCAUACGUUGCAUGCACCAUGCGAUGCCAAACACUGUGCCAUGCCAUGCACCGUGCCAUGUCACGCUCCGGGCCAUUACCCACGCGAUGUACCGCAUGCCAGGAUGACAUUCAUAAUCAUAUAAUUCACUUAACCGCUAUGUUAUGCUCUUGGCAUCAAAUUAUUGUCGCUAUUAACCAAUCGGUGGUCGUAAAACAGCAUGUAAUGGUCAAUCAGUGGUCGUAACAGCGUGUAAUGGCGAAUCAGUGGUCCAGUAUAACUGCAGUAUGUAAUGAUCAAUCAAUGGUCUUAUAACGGCUUAAACCGUCAGUUUUUCUUUUCCCACUCGACAAAUUCGCGAUCUUUAUCUGAAUGUAUUUGUAUAAAGCCACCUGUCAUUUCUCAUUGUGUGCGUUCUCUUGCUAACUGUGUAUUGUGUAGCUACUCUAGUUGCUAUGUGUUUAUAGAAUCUGCGAUAUUGAAUGAUGAAUAUCAGUAAACACUGUAAGAAGUGAAACAUC